AUGGCCAGAGAAAGCAGUGCACCCAACGAACCUCUCACUCCGAGUCGUCCGAAUCAACAGCACCGGCCUGCAGUUUCUCAGCAGCCUGAAUUUGGCAAGCCUUCUCCAAUGGGCCCCGCUCAGCAACACCGACCUACCCAGCCACAUCAAUCAAACCAUUUGUUCAAUAUUCCAAAGCCCAAUCAUGCUCGCCCCGAGCACCAUCGUCCCGCCCCCCGAACGCAGCCACAAUACCCCGCUAUGCGACACAAUGGAGCACCCCAUAGCCAGCGCCCGGCAGGGGCACCGAGCGCAGCUACGGCCACGCCCGCGAAGCGUGAACCCUUCGAUCCUUUCAAACCUGUGCACCCAUCGGCAUACAAUGACCGUCGGCCAGCUUACCCUGUAGGCGCAACCCCCAUCAAACGACCGGAGAACGUGAAUUUUACGACCCCACGUGCCGCGAGACCGCUCUUCAUGUCAAAGGGAACGGCACCAAAGCCAUCGAAUGCGUCUAAGAACCUCCAGGCAUUCAUCGACUUGACACGGGACGCUGAGACCGAGACUCGUACCAAUGCCCCAGGCAGCUCUGCUUCGGGCUUUGGUGCCAUGGAUGUGCACGGUUAUGUUGAUACAGCCAAAGCGAAUGAGAACAUUAAGGCCUUGCUCGAGGGUGCUUUUGAAGACGAGGAGGACCAAGCAACCCCCAAGGCGGAGAAAAAAGUCCAAAGCGAUGAUCUUGACGACUUGGCUGCUCAGCUCGAGGGUGUUACUGUCAAUGACAUGAGACCGUCCCAGUCCGAGGUUGCCCCUGGGCUCAAGACAGCGGGUGUCUCUGAAGAUAAUUCCGAGGAAGAGACAGACAAGCACGAAGCUGUAAACGAAGAUGACGGACAGGCUGAAGGUGAUGAGGAGGACGAGGAAGACGAGGAAGACGAGGAAGAUGGGGUCGUCGAAGGCCUCAAAGUUACCCUUCUUCCCCAUCAGAUCGAUGGCGUGAAAUGGAUGUGUGACAAGGAGACUGGAAGACGCACCACUAAAGGCAUUUAUCCUAAAGGUGGAAUUCUUGCGGAUGAUAUGGGCCUUGGAAAGACAGUCCAGGCUAUUGCCCUACUUCUCCGAAACCGCAAGCCUGAGCAUGAACACAGCGAAAAUGAUGACAACCCCGACAACCAGGAAAAGGGAAAGAAGGACGAGAACACACCCCCGGCCUCUAGUCUCAUAAAAAGUACUCUUGUCGUUGCACCGUUAGCUCUCAUCAAGCAAUGGGAAUCCGAGAUUGCGGACAAAGUCGAGAAGGGCCACAGGCUUCGUGUUUGCCUGUAUCAUGGAACGAAUCGUGCAAAAACAUCCGGCUCUCUGAGCCAAUACGACGUCGUGAUCACGACGUAUGGAACUCUGACCUCGGAGUCUGGUACAGCUGCUGCCGACAAAGCCAAGAAAAUGGGAAUCUUUUCCAACUACUGGUAUCGCAUCAUUCUCGAUGAGGCCCAUACCAUCAAGAACCGGAACGCCAAGGCCACUCAAGCAGCUUGCGCAUUGGACGCAAAGUACCGCUGGUGUUUGACCGGCACACCUUUACAAAACAACCUUGAUGAACUGCAAAGUUUGAUCAAAUUCCUUCGCAUCAAACCUUACGAUGACUUGGCUGCUUGGCGUGAUCAGAUUAGCAGACCUCUGGCUAACGGCCGUGGUGGCCUGGCCAUUCAACGUCUACAGGUCUACUUGAAAGCAUUUAUGAAGCGCCGGACUAAGGAUGUCUUGAAGGGCAAUGACGAACCCGAAGAUGGUGAAACCGAGAUCGAUGGCCAAGAAAAGAAGUCCUCGAACGGUUUCAAAAUUGUCAAGCGUGAAGUCAUCAAGAUCGAUGCGGAGUUCCUGGAUGGAGAAAUGAAUUUCUACAAGCGCUUGGAAAAACGCACAGAAAACAGCCUUGAUCAGAUGAUGGGUGGCUCUAAGGUUGAUUAUGCUGGAGCUUUGGUUCUGCUGUUACGUCUUCGCCAGUCUUGUAACCACCCCGAUCUGGUCAAGAGUGACCUUGCGGCUGACAAGGACGUUCUCUUGCAAAACAGUAACACGGGGAGCCAGUCCUCACAACCAAAACAGGAUGACCUGGACAAUGUUGCCGAUCUCUUUGGGGCCCUCAGCGUCGUUAAUAAGAAAUGUGAUGUCUGUCAGGCAGAGCUGAAUCAUGCCGAUGCAAAGAAUGGCGCUACCCGUUGCAACGAGUGUGAGGCUGAUUUGAAAACGGAUUUCAUGAGAAAAGACAAAAAGACAAAGCACAAGUCCAAGAAGCCUCACAAGAAAGAAAAAGCUUUGUUUGAUGAAAUACCUUCUCGUUCUCGGAAAAACCGCAGGGUCAUCAUGGAUAGUGACGAUGAAGAUGACGCCGAAUGGAUCGUCCCCGAGAACCAGCGUCACACGCCAAAUCUCGGCAAGGCUGGAGGGUCAGACGACGAGAAUGCUGAAGGCGGCGGGGAGUGGAUCGGCUCAGACGACUCAGAAACGGAAGAUGAGCUGGAAUCUCCUUCUGGAAGGAAGACCAGACCUAUCGUCAUGAAUAAUAGCUCUGACCAUGAAUCUGAUACCGAGCAAGAUAUAUAUGGUAACCCGGAAGAAGGCGACAACGGAGAGCUUCCUUCUACCAAGGUUCGCCAUUUGAUGAAGAUUCUCCACAAAGAGUCCGGCGACUACAAGUUCAUUGUCUUCUCCGUGUUUACCUCAAUGCUCGACAAGAUCGAGCCCUUCCUACGCAAUGCCAACAUCGGAUAUGCACGAUACGACGGUGGAAUGCGAAACGAUCUGAGAGAGGCUAGUCUCAACAAGCUCAGGAACAACAGCGGGACUAGGGUUCUACUCUGUAGUCUGCGUGCUGGUGCUCUGGGCCUGAACCUGACUGCCGCCAGCCGCGUUGUGAUCCUUGAGCCAUUCUGGAAUCCUUUUGUGGAAGAACAAGCCAUCGAUCGUGUCCACCGCCUCAACCAAACCAUUGACGUGAAAAUUUACAAAUUGAUCAUCAAGGGAACCGUUGAAGAGCGUAUUGUCGACCUUCAGGACCGAAAGCGCGAACUGGCCAACAUGACUAUUGAAGGCAAAUCUGCCGCUGGCAAAUUGACUAUGCGUGACAUGAUGGCUCUCUUCGGCCGUGAUGCUGAGUCCAGCUAUACCGACAAGCAGAGUACCCUCGACUUCAAGCAGCCCACUCGCCUCCUCAGCUCUGCGGAAGACACUGGCUCUGGGCCCUCCUCCCAGUCCUCGGUGCGAUCUGACUCUCGUGAUCGGAACCGCCGGCAUCCGCCAAACCGAUCUACGCCUGAGGAUUCGGUGUAUGGACGGCGAUGGUAG